UUGUUUACACUUCAAAUAAACAUUUUUGAUGCCCUCGUCCUGUCAAAAGUACGCAAAAGUAAUCAAUUUUUGUAGAAAAUAAGCGUCCACCUUAAAAUGGACCCAAAAUCGAGUGUUUCCGCGCUGUGUCGUGUCUGUAUGAAGACCACCAAAGAAAGCAAAUCGGACAACAUCUAUCGGUCGUCGUCCGAUCCGGACCAGCCCAAUCUGUACGAGAUGCUGGGUGCGAUCUGCCCUCCGGCAUUCCCCGGAGCAAACGAGAGGCACGAAACGAAGGUGUCCUCCGGAUUGCCCAGCAUCGUCUGUUUGAUCUGCAAGUCGGGCGUCGUGGCCGCCUACGAGAUUCACCGGAAGUGCAUCGAAACGGAUCGGAAGCUACGGGAGAUGGUAGUGGUGAAGCAGGAAGUGCUGGACGAGGAUGAGGAGGGCGAUGAGGUGGAACAGGAGACGGUGGUGGUUCACGCGGACCCGCUGGUUCAUAUGGAGGAGGACCAUGACGACAAGGACGGGAUACUGUCCGACGUGGAUUUUCAAGGGGCAGAUUCGGACGAAAGUUACCACGAGAAACCACGAAGAGGGCGGAGGAAAAAGACGGUGACGGUGCCGGCAAAGCCUUCCUCGGGUAAGAUCAAGAACAAGCGAACUUGCGAGCUGUGCUCGGUCGUGUUCAAGACGAUCAAAGAAAUGAAGGGCCACAUGAGAACGGAUCAUGCUGGCGAUGUUUUUGGCUGCGAGGUUUGUGACGACGUUUUUGUGGACGAAACUAAGUUCGAGGAGCACAAAAUCAGUCACACGUCGGAGCGACCACAUGAGUGUAGCUAUUGCAAGGAAAAGUUCCGGUCUCUUACGGAUCUCAAGUACCAUACGAUGAAUCACACCAAUGAUCAUCCGUUCCGAUGCUCUGUGUGCGGAAAAGGGUUCCCUAAGAAACACGCACUGCAGUAUCACAUGCUUCGGCAUACCGGAGAGAAGCCCUUCGUCUGUCAGCAGUGUCCUUCGAAGUUCUACUCCAAAGGAGAGCUCAAAAUGCACAUGGUCACUCACACGCUGGAAAAGAAUCACGUUUGCGACGUCUGCGGAAACCGAUUUACCAAGAAUACCUCACUGAUGAAGCAUGUCAGACGAGUUCACGCUGGAUUACGGCCGUUCCCCUGCAGUCUGUGUACCUUGAAAUUCGACAACGCCCACCACCUGAAGCGGCACAUGAGAACCCACACCGGAGAAAAGCCGUACAAAUGUGCAUACUGUGACCGGGCGUACGCCCAGAGUAACGAUCUGGUCAAGCACAGCAAGAUCCACGUCGGACAGAAUCCGUACGCGUGCGAUCGGUGCGACGCGGCCUUCCGGCUGAUGACCGAGCUGCGGAACCACUACAAGGUUCACUUCCAGCCGGGCGAUCAGAGCGAAGCCAACGCAACCAGCGCGCUGGUCAAGAAGCACGAAAGCAAAGCCGGCAAGGAGCAGGUCGAGUUCACCAGUAUGGCCACGCUGAAUCGGCGGUUUGAGCAGGAAAUGCAACGGAAGGAGAGUGAACAACAGCAACAGCUACAGCAACUUCAGCAGCAGCAGCAGCUACAACCUGCGGAUGCUCCGGUGAACUUUGGACUGAACUUCUCGUCGCGGUUUACUAUGGAAUCGGAUACGUCUACGACCUGGCUCCAGCUAUCCAAAGGAGUGCUCAACCUUCAACCUUCAACCAUCGGAUUCUCGAUAGCAAUGCAGAACAACAUGGGACAACUUUGUCGGGUGUGCAUGAGGUCCGCACCGCCGGACACCUCCCAAAACAUCUACGCACCGCUGGCCGAUCCGAGCCAGCCAAACCUUCACCGAAUGCUUGCCAGUGUGUGCGCUCCAGUUUUCUCGUGUUCCGAGGAUUCGAACAAUCAGGACAGCAAGGAAUCGCUCGGAUUACCGAAGAUCGUGUGUGCACCGUGCAAGCAAAGCAUCCUGGACGCUUACAAGCUGCACAUGAAAUGUAUUGAAACCGAUCGACGCCUUUGGGAAAUGAUUCGGGUUAAGCAGGAGCUACACAUCGAUGAUGAUGAAGAACGAGCGCUACCGGAAAGCUCGGAUGAUCCGCUGUUGGAGGAGCAGGAGGAAUGCUCUCUGAAAGAGGAAGUUGAGGAUGACGACAGCGAUGAGGUUUGGAUGGAACCGGCUGAAGAUUCGAAUGACGAUGAAGGAAAUAGCCGGAAGAAAGCUGGGAAGAAGCCAAGACCGUACUGCCCUAGGAAGCAUAGAUGCGAGAGUUGCACGGAUGUCUUCACCUCGAUUCGGGUACUCAAGCAGCACAUCAUUGAGCAACAUCCGGAAAAGGCCUACAAAUGUUGUAUGUGCGAUAAGGCCUUCUUCAACGAGGCGCUGCUCAGCAGUCACAUGCUUGGGCACACAACCGGAAAGGGUCGGGAGUGCCACGUUUGCCAAGCCCGAUUCAAGUCGUAUUCCGGACUGAAGGCCCACCUCAACACACACUCCGGAUCGCUGUUUAUGUGUUCGGUUUGCGACAAAAAAUUUACCAGCAAACACACCCUGGAAGUGCACAUUCAGCGACAUGCCGGCGAGAAACCAUUCACCUGCAGUCAAUGUCCGAUGCGGUUCGUGACCAGAGCGGAAGUUAGGGUCCACGGCGCUACGCACAACAAGGUGCAGAAUCACGUUUGCGACAUCUGCGGUUCCCGAUUCACGCGGAAGGUAUCGCUCGUCAACCACGUCAAGGUUGUCCACGCUGGUGUACGACCCCAUCCUUGUAUGUUAUGCCCUCUGAAAUUUUCCACCUCAGAUCACCUGAAACGGCACAUGCGAACCCACACCGGGGAAAAACCGUUCAAAUGUGCCUACUGCGACCGGGCGUACGCCCAAAGCGGCGAUCUGGUCAAGCACAGCAAGAUCCACGUCGGGGAAAAUCCGUACGCGUGCGAUCGGUGCGACGCGGCCUUCCGGCUGAUAACCGAGCUGAGGAACCACUACACCGUGCACUACCAGUCGGAUGAGCGCCAGAGUGACAAGGACAAACCGUUGGUGUUUACCAGCCAGGCGACGCUGGAAAGACGCUUCGAGCAGGAAAAGUUACUCGGUGGACAGUCCGGAAAGGGGGGAGAGUAACCGUUGUGAUUAGCGUUUUUAGUAAUUAAAACUUGUGUGGCUAUGUAAA